CAGGGGGAUUUCAAGAUGACCAACAAUGGUCACUCUGUUCAGAUCGAUCUGCCACCUACCAUGAACAUCUCCAGAGGGCUCCCGGGCCUGUACACGGCUGUCCAGAUGCACCUGCACUGGGGUGGCCUGGACCUGGAGACCAGUGGCUCUGAGCACACCAUAGAUGGGAUGAGGUACUUUGCAGAGCUGCACAUUGUCCAUUACAACUCUGCUGACUACUCAAGCUUUGAGGAAGCCAAGGACAAACCCAACGGGCUGGCUGUGCUGGCUUUCCUCUAUGAGGAUGGGCACUUUGAGAACACCUACUACAGUGAGUUCAUCUCCAAGCUGGGAAGAAUCAGGUUUGCAGGUCAAUCAACAAAGCUCAGCUCUCUGGAUGUCCAAGCCAUGCUGCCAGAAAACCUCUCACACUUCUACAGGUACCAGGGCUCCCUGACAACCCCACCCUGCUCUGAGAGUGUGAUCUGGACCAUCUUCCACUCUCCCAUUGUCUUGUCACACACACAGAUCAGCCUGCUGGAGAGCACCUUGCUGGACUGGGAGAACAGGACCCUGCGCAACGACUACCGGCACGGCCAGCCCCUCCACGGGAGGGUGGUGGAGUCCUCCUUCAGAGCCAGACCCCCCCAAGCACAAUGCCAUCCAGAGGAGUUCACCCUCAGACUGGAUCAAAUCCAGGCGCAGCUCCAAGACAUGAAGACGGAGUUGCUGAAUGGAGUGAGCCACCCAGGUAUUAAACCCAGCGCUUUUCCAGCUUUCUACUUCCCCGUGGAAAACAUUGAGAGCUCUGUGGAUGUCCAUCCCCUCCGUGCCAUGUCUCUCCAAGCCUUCACCUUGUGCUUCUGGGCCAGAUCCCAGCACUCCGGGAGCCAGACCGUCCUGUCCUACUCCACGCGGGAGAGGGACAACGAGCUGGUGGUGACCCUGGGCACAGAGGUGGGACUGUGGAUAGGAGGCCAUUUCAUCAGCUUCCCCCUGCACCACAAGGCCCAGGACUGGCUGCACUACUGCCUGGCGUGGGCCUCCCAGCCGGGAACGGCCAGCGUGUGGCUCAACGGAGCGGCCGGCAAGGCGGUGAGCAUCCAGAAGGGCUACGUGAGCCAGCCCGGAGGGAUGCUCGUCCUUGGGAAAGACAGAGACACUCUCCUUGGGACGUUCUCCAAUGGGUUUGCAGGGUGGAUGGCUCAGGUGAACCUGUGGAGCCACGUUCUCAGCCCUGCCGAGGUUCGGGCGCUCGCGCUGUGCAAGCCGGGGAGGCCACAGGGGGACGUCGUAGCCUGGGGACAAACCCCCAUGGCCCUCCUCGGGGGGGUGGUUCUGGAGGCUGACACCAGCUGCCAGUGA